CAAUAUCGUAAAUAAACCGUCUCUCCUGACUGACAAACUUAAAUUGACACUGGACUGAAUAUAGACGGUGAACAGUUCAAAUAAGAUAAUUAUUAUUUAAACGCAUCGUUCCUGACCAACCAGAGACGUCAGAGACCCGCCUGUGAUAGAGUUAUAGUUUCAUUCUAAUGAUCUACUCGUUUCUCCUUCUGUUUGUCAGUGACGCGCUUGUAACGCUCCUCCGCGCCGCUGGGCGUCAGUCCGUGUGUCGCUUCUGCAGCUGCGGCGACGCACUGUGUGAUUCUGUCCGUGAUGGCGGAGCUCAGCGGCGACAGUUCGUCCGUGCAGUGAAACUCGAGCCCGAACCAAAACCAGCGCCGGUACCGAAUGACAGCGGAGUGAGUGUGUGAGCAUGAGUGGAACCGACCUGACCCGAGUGGCACUGCUGCUGUGUAGCGUUUAGACUGGCAUUAUGACAGACGAGAGAUGCCCUCAGCUGGUGGAUUAUUUCGUGGUGGCGGGUCUCGCGGGCAACUCACCUGCACUUGAUGAUGAUGGUCAGCAGAGGGGCGGGCGAGCGCUUCAGCCCGUCACAGAUCUGGCCGUGAUCGCCAGCGGUCUCGGUGAGGAAGUUCCCGAAGGCUUCACCUGCAUUGAGAAGACUCAAGGAGGACAUCCGGCUGAGCUGAGCGCUGGACUGCUCAACAACACACACAUGUACUUGUGCUACAGGAGAGGGCACGACAAACCGCCCAUCAUAGAACUCGGUGUUAUGUACGAGGGGAAAGAUCCGGUCCGGUCGGGAUGGCUGGUGAUCGAGACGACCCCGUACAGCCGCUCUGCCAGUCUGAGUUCUGCCGGUCCCACGACCCAUCGCACGUUCCUGAUGUACCGCAGAGCGCUGGACUCACAGGCGCUGAACACGCUUGGCGUCACUGAGAUCUCACUGCUCAUGCCCAGCAAGGGCGAGACGGCGCCGCAUACUUACUGUAGAGUGGACAAGAACCUGAACACGGGCAUGUGGGGUCCGGCACUGUAUCUCUGCUACAAGCGUUCAGUGGCUAAAGCAAACGCUCUAGUGUAUGAGGCAGGUCUCAUCAGUCGGUAUCCUGAGGAAGAUUGUGAAUCGUUUCCCCUGCCGGACUCUGUCCCCGUCUUCUGUCUGCCGAUGGGUGUAACUUUGGAGAGCUGGCCGCUCAACACCAAAUACCAGCUGCCCGUCUUCUCCACGUUUGUGCUGACCAGCGCCUCUGGAGAUAAGGUGUACGGUGCCGCGAUCCAGUUCUACGAGGCGUACCCGCGCGAGUGUCUGUCUGAGAGACAGUGUGUGCGUCUGGGGCUGCUCAGCGUGGUGGACCGGCGACCCAUCACCAACCGCAGUGUUCAGGUGAAGAAGAGUGUGUGUGUGCUGUCGCACUGGCCGUUCUUCAGUGUCUUCCAGAAGUUUCUCACCUUCAUCUACAGAUACUCCAUCUCAGGACCUCACGUGCUGCCGCUGGAGAAGCACAUCUCGAGCUUCAUGCACAAUGUCCCGUUCCCGUCCCCUCAGCGUCCUCGUAUCCUGGUGCAGCUUUCUCCGUAUGAUAAUCUCCUCCUCUGUCAGCCGGUUUCGUCUCCACUGCCGCUCAGUGGUGCCAGUUUUGUGAAACUGCUGCAGAAUUUGGGUCCUGAGAACGCGUGCACUCUGCUGCUGGCCGUCCUGACGGAGCACAAGCUGCUGCUGCAUUCACUGCGGCCCGACGUGCUGACGUCUGUGAGCGAGGCGCUGGUGUUGAUGAUGUUUCCUCUGCGCUGGUACUGCCCGUACAUCCCCCUGUGCCCGCUGCGGAUGGCAGAUGUGCUGUGUGCACCGAUGCCCUUCAUCGUGGGCGUUCACUCCAGUUACUUUGACCUCUACGACCCCCCGUCUGAUGUGGUGUGUGUGGAUCUGGACACCAACACCAUUUUCCAGUGUGAAGAUAAGAAGCCGCUGAGCUGGAGAUCUUUGCCCAGGAAACAUGUGAAGAUCCUGCAGAACUCUCUUACAAACCUGCACAAGACCCUGGAGAAGAUCUAUACUCCAGGACAGGAAGAGGCCACGCUAGAGUUCCUGUUGACCGACUACGAUCUGAUUUACGGCCGUCAGAAGCAGCUGGAGUUGGAGAUUCAGGAAGCGUUCCUGCGGUUCAUGAGCUGUUUGCUGAAGGGAUACCGAUCCUUCCUGCUGCCCAUCACACAAGCGCCGUCAGACAGAACCACAGACUGCAGUUCACUGUUCAACCUGCAGGGUUUUCUGAAGUCUCGUGACCGUACGCAGCAGAAGUUUUACACGCAGCUCACGAAGACGCAGAUGUUCACGCAGUUCAUCGAGGAAUGUUCGUUUGUGAGCGACAGACACACGAGUCUCGAGUUCUUCGACGAGUGUGUGCAGAAGGUGGAUGUGGAGAAGCCGGAGCUGGUGAGGUUGAUUGAUCUUGAUGAAUCUGUCAGUGGUGAACACACAGUGUUUAUAAUGCCGCCAGAGGAACCUCAGGAACCUGAUGGAUCAGAGUGUCCCGCACACUACAGCUAUGACACGUUCCCAAUCCUCCAAUCAGAGUUGUUUGAUCGGCCUCAGGAUCAGCUACGCACGGCUGCAAAAGGAAGUGCUCCAAGUAGCCCCGCCCCCCGUCGCACCAAACAGGAAAUCAAGCUGGCGCAGAAAAAGGCUCAGAAGUAUUCGUCGGUACCAGACAUGUGGUCUAAAUGUCUUCUGGGUCACUGCUACGGUCUCUGGUUCAUUUACCUGCCCACGUUUGUGAAAGCAGAGAGCACUAAAGUCCGCGCUCUUCACGCCGCGUACGAGAUCCUCAAACACAUGGAGACACGGAAGGUGGUGCUGCCUGAUGAAGUGUGCUAUCGUAUUCUCAUGCAGCUGUGCGGUCAGUACGGGCAGCCCGUUCUCGCCGUCAGGGUUCUGUUAGAAAUGAAGAGGGCGGGAAUCACGCCCAACACCAUCACGUAUGGAUAUUAUAAUAAAGCGGUACUAGAGAGCAAGUGGCCAUCCACCAAUCAGGGAGGUCGUCUUCGCUGGGCGAAGCUACGUAACGUGAUAUUGGCCGUGGCUAUUUUCAGACAGCCAAUCAAACAGCAGCACAGGAGCAUGUCUUUAGGCGCUCUACCAGAUGAUUUGCUUUCAAAGCCCCGCCCCUACUCCGCUCUGAUUCGCCAGUCCAGCUGGAGUGCGUUGAGUGAAAGCUCGAGUCACGAAUCGCUGAUGAGCUUUGCUAAGAGCAACAGUCUGAGCAGCAUGCAGGCGGCAGGAUACAAAGGCAAACUCUCUAGGAAAGCGACGCCACAGACCACCGGCGCUGAUGACCCCGCCUCCCGCAAACCUCCCGCUGGACGCCGUGACACUGGCCCGGCCCUGCUUAGCUCCACGGCUCCUCUGCUGGUGCGCCGCUCUGACGUCUGCUUGUCCACCUUCUACCAAGACUGCGCCGAGACCGCAGACUGCAAGUGUGACACCGCAGAGAGAGACAGCAGGUCAGCUGAAGUGAGGGAAACUCUGAACAGGAAGUCAGUUGAUGAAAACUACAACAACGUUGGAUCUCCGAGUCGUGGUCUGGCCGGGAAACUCCAGCAGCUCCUCACGCCCACACGGAACCGGGCAUCAUCCCGACGGGCGUUGAGCGUUGGUGACCGACGUCCGGGCAGGAAUGGAACCAGCAUCCGGUCCUUAGAGCAGAAACCGUCACGGAAAGUCCAGAUGACUGAGAGUCUGUUGAAGGCCAAAGAGCGACUGUACAACGCCACGUCUGAGAGUUCUCUGUCUGUGGGGAGUGAUAUUGACAUGAUUGACAUCCAGACGUUGGCGGUUCCUCACAGGAAGUCAUGGGAUUCUGCACAGGAAGGUGCGGGCAUUGAGGUUGUGAUGUCGAGCUGUUCGCUGUGUCGCAGCUGUAAUUCUCUGGUGUAUGAUGAGGAGAUUAUGGCGGGCUGGUCGUUUGAUGACUCUAAUCUAAACACCACAUGCCCGUUCUGCUCUGCCACGUUUGUUCCUCUUCUGAAUGCAGAAAUCUGUGAUCUGAGUCCAGUCUGCAGCCUGGAGCGCAGUUCACUGAACGCAGAAGAUGAGGUGGAGAACGCCAUGAGGCCUCCUGCUGGUCGGGACGACACACUGCAGCACUUGUGUAACGGCGUCAGAGAGACAGACUGCAGCUCCGAGAGCAGCAGCCAAUCAGAGAGCAGAAGCGGCCCCACACUGGUGUCAUCGGUGGGCGGAGCUCCACAGGUGACGGUGGCGUACCUCAGCCCGCUGGUGUUGCGUAAGGAGUUGGAGAGUCUGCUGGAGAACGAGGGCGAGGCUGUUCUCUCUCAGGUCCAGCUGCUGGACAGUCACUCCAUCCUCUUCUGGAAUCUGGUGUGGUAUUUCACUCGUCUCAGGCUGCCCAGUAACCUCUUACAUCUGCUGAGAGCGUCGCCACUCACCGCGCACAUCACACAGGGUUCAGAGAGCAGUGCAGUGCGUGUGCGGUUGCUGUGGGACACUUUGACCCCUGACCCUGAGCAGUGGCCACCGCUCUACAUGCUCUGGAGGAUUCACAGUGGCGUGCCGAUGCGUAUCUACAGCUGGCGGCAUCACAACCACCCGUUCACGCUCAACUUCCUGGAGGAAGUGCUGCGCUGGGUGGGCAUGAACGAGGUCCACAAGGCCAUCACACUCUUCCUGGAUACUGUUGCUAAGCAACCAGGCACUCCCAGGAUACAGCGGAGCUUGUACAGAGAGUUCCUGUUUCUCACGCUGGCUGCGAUGGGCAAAGAUCACGUCGCUUCGUUUGAUAAGCGUUAUAAAGCAGCGUAUGUGCGCUUGAGUAAUUCACUGAGCAGAGACGAGCUGAAGAGGAAACGAGUUCAACCACCCAGCUCUAAAGCCGUCGACUGCAGACGCUGCUUCCUGUUGCCACUCGAGUGCUGAACACCUUUUAACACACACACACACACACACACACACACACACACACACACACACACACACACACACAUCACACACACACACACACACUCACACACACACACAGACAUGCGUGCGCGCACACACACACACUUGUCUUGAGCUCUGCACUCUUCUCGCUGCCUUCAUUCUGUCCGCAGACACAAUUCCUCUGACGCCCCCUAUAGCUUCAGAAGUCAAACAACACCUGCAGAGAGACUUCCUGCGAGUGCAUUCACAGAAGAUGUUCAAUGUUUGUGGUGACGCUCCUGUGCUAUGCAUUAUGGGAACAUGUGACCUGCGUAAACUUGUGACCGCCGCUGACCCCUUUACCCAAACACUGCUCCUGUAUCCCACAAUGCUGAGCAAACUGACCACCAGCCCGACACUCAGACACACAGGAAGUGGAGGACGGCACUUCCUGUGUGAUGUUUCUCUAUGUUGACUGACAUUUUCGUAGAUUCUCACAAAACAUGUCGAGAAAAUGUCCUGGUCAUAUUCAAGUCCAAAUCAAUAAUAAAUAUCAAAUAAUAAUUCACAUAAAGAAAAUGAAGAUUACAUUCAUGACACUUCACUCAUUACUGUAAUCCGUUAAUCACGUUAUUAAGAAUAACCCUGAGAAUUAAAUGCAUAAUAUGUAGAACGACUUUAAUAGAUUAAAUAUCACACACACACAUUAUGAGUUUUGGGGCGUCUGUGCCCCGAGCACACGUAUAUAUUUCAUAACACAUCCUGAUAUUUGACUUGUAUUAUUCCCAAUGAUUGUAAUACAAUUACAAUUAUUCAAUUCAAAUCUGAGAAAAUUGUAGGAAUAUUCCGGGUUCAAUACGAGAUCAGUCAUAAUGUUGAUCACCACAGAAAUCCAUUUCGAUUCGUUCCUCCUGUUCUUUAAAUGUGUUCCAGUGACACUUACAAUGCAAGUCAAUGGGGUUUAAAGACAGAAAUGUGAUGCUUAUAAUUUUAUAAAAGCACUUUCAUUAAUUCUGUUAAAACUCGUGUAUUAUUUCAGCUGUAAAAUCAUUUAACCCUUGUGCAACCUUCGGGACAUUUUUGUCUUUUUAUUUAUUUUUUAUUUUUUUUUUUUAUCAUUCUGGCUGUGUUAAUACCAACAGCAUAAAUUUUGCCAAUGAGUGUAUUUUUGGGGGAAUUUUUAUAUUUCAACCUCAGUUCCUAUAACACAUCUAUAAUACGUCUAUAACACAUCUAUAAUGCAUCUAUAAUACAUCUAUAACACAUCUAUAAUACGUCUAUAACGCAUCUAUAAUGCAUCUAUAAUACAUCUAUAAUGCAUCUAUAAUACAUCUAUAACACAUCUAUAAUACGUCUAUAACGCAUCUAUAAUGCAUCUAUAAUACAUCUAUAAUGCAUCUAUAAUACAUCUAUAACACAUCUAUAAUGCAUCUAUAAUACAUCUAUAACACAUCUAUAAUACGUCUAUAACGCAUCUAUAAUGCAUCUAUAAUGCAUCUAUAACGCAUCUAUAAUGCAUCUAUAACACAUCUAUAAUGCAUCUAUAAUACAUCUAUAACACAUCUAUAACGCAUCUAUAAUGCAUCUAUAAUGCGUCUAUAACACAUCUAUAAUGCAUCUAUAAUACAUCUAUAACACACUGUGUACACAAUAGUUACACUCGGGACCUUCAGGACAGAAAUAACCUAAUUGAAACCCAAUAUUGCAAUAUUUGACCCAGUGCCAUUAAAACAUAAAAUCAUGAAUUCUAUGAUAUUAUGCUUCAAAAUUAAAAAAAAUAUUUUCCACCAGAUGGCGCCACAUUUCCUCAUGUUUAUCCUAUGGAGCAAAUACAAUCUUUUCCCCUAUUCACUGUUCACUGUAUUAUAGAGACCUGCAGGACAACUGAAUACAUGAUGCAGAUAGAAUUGUGUGUGUGUGUGUGUGUGUGUGUGUGUGUGUGUGUGUGUGUGUGUGUGUGUGUGUGUGUGAAAAAACAA